AUGGCUCAAGAGGACCAGAGUGAGACGUCACAACAAACAGCAGCCAGUGACGAAGACAAGGGGACGGAUAACCAGGCUUCUCCCUCUGUUAUUGAGAUUCAUGACUCAAUGACUGAAUGUGAAGAAGAAGCGAAGCCCAACGUGGUGCAGAUGGAGGAAAAGGCAUUUGUAUCAAGUCUUCAUUCUUUUAUGAAGAACAGAGGAACACCCAUAGAAAGGAUCCCACACCUGGGCUUCAAACAGAUUAAUCUUUGGAGGAUCUACAAAGCUGUUGAGAAACUUGGGGGCUAUGAUUCGGUGACAGCACGGCGUCUCUGGAAGAAAGUGUAUGAUGAGCUGGGGGGAAGUCCCGGCAGCACCAGCGCUGCUACUUGCACUCGCAGACACUAUGAGAAGCUGGUGCUGCCAUUUGAAAGACAGAUAAAGGGAGAGGAGGACAGACCUCUGCCUCCGAGCAAACCACGGAAGCCAUAUAAGAGAAAUCUGGAUGGCAAGGUGACCAAGGCUGAGAGGAAGAGGAAAAGGACUCCGUCGGAUAGAGAGAUGGAUUCAGAAAUGGAGAUACUCACCCAGAGUCCAGAGGCUGCCUGCCCAAGUGAAGCAGGGAUUCAUCCUCUCUGGACAUCCACCUCUGACAGACACCACCCAGACUGCUCCCAGCCCAACAGAGCGACUACCGGUCUUUGCACUUCUAUCUAUACCCACCUUGUCCAGGUCCCCACACCCAGCCCCUGGACUGCUCAUAUCCCAUCUGCGGCCGGAGAGGUCAUCUCCCCGCUGGAGAAAAAGAAGCGGAUGGCUCAGGCGAGCCUCAACUUGCCCCUGAGUCCUCAGAGCGAGGAUAAAGAAAGACCCUCCGUCAUUCACUGCUCCCAGUCUCCAGCCAGGGCUUCUUCCAGCCGAAACUGCACCUCCUCUGAUAGCUCCCCGUUGCCUUUAUCCCCCUCUUCUUCCCGCAGCCCUUCCCCUUACUCUGUUUCAUCAGAAGAUGGUCCAGAAGGGAGUGAAGAUAAACCUGCCUCUGGCUCUGAAGGACUCCAAAACUGUUCCAGCUCUGUGAAAAAUACACCUGGUUUUAGUGAGGAAAGCAAGUCUGUGAGCUGUAGUCAGAUAUCCAAAGACCCAGCGGGGCAGACUAAAGAAGUCAGCUCCCAAUCUGCAGACUCGUUCAAAGUCCAGACUAAAGACUUGAAGUCGCUCCACAAAGGGAGUAGCAAGUAUUCCACCCAUCCUUUCUAUCCGUCAUCUGCUUACACAAUGAGAUCUGACUGGGCCCCAACAUCUACCUCAAGUUUCACCAAAGUUAUUCCAAAAUCUGUGCAGCUUCUGCGGCCCGCUCCUAUUUGGCCCGGUUAUAAAAUCCACCAGGGCAGGCUGACGCAGCAGGACGACUCUGUUGCUUGUGCGAAGAAGCUGAGCAACAUGGCUUCGUGGCAUUAUCAGACAGAGAAGAGGGAGAAAUCCAGGACAAUACUGCAAAAGGUUCCAACCACUCAGCAGAGUCUGACUCAUUCCACUGCCAGCCUGCCGGUGUCGUGCGUCCUGUCCAGCUACGACAAAUCAGGCAGAGACUCUCGGCAGCAGCCUCUAUUUUACCCUGCUCUCCUCCCCAACAGAAUGAGAGUACCUCAAUCUCAGCUAAUGUACCGACACACCCCCAUGAGUCCCGCUCAUUCUGCUCUCAUUGGGUCUGCUGUGUACCCGUAUCCCUACUCCAUUCCUCUGUUAAACUCCCAAACUGGAUACACCUUACCUGCCAUGCAUCCAAUUUACCCUCACAAGCUUCAAUAAUAUUAUCAGAUAUCAUCUUUCCAGUGAAAAAGGUAGCCAUUGAUGUUAUUUCUCUACUUUAUUAUAGCUCCCAGUAAUUUUGGUGAAGCCUUACUUGUGUUUUUAACAUGGUUUUAAUGCUCCUGUUAUGUUCGUUUCUCAGGAACAGCAAUGAUGUCGGUGGGUCAAUUUGACCUGGGGCAUGUAUAAAUAUCCAAAAGUGUCAGAAACCCCCCCAAAAAACCCAAUGAACAUUGUUUACAUUUCAUUAUUAACUCCAUUACUAACCAUUUCAAUCAAUAUUUAGUGCAAUGAUGUUCUUUACCUCUCACAGAUCAUGGUUCAAUGAGGAUAAUUCUCUAGUUUUUCAUUAAAAAAAUGCACAUACUUAAAAAAAAAAAAUCUGCAUUGGAAA